AUGAACUGCCGGAGAGGUAAUCCGACAAUGCGAGCUUCGACGGUUUUACUCUGUGGUGUUGUUCUUAUUCAGCUGUUUGCUGCUCAAAUUCAUUCUCAAAGACCUAAAAGUCCAUGGCAGACUCUCAGUGGUGAUGCUCCUCUUGUGAUUGCUCGUGGUGGGUUUUCUGGAUUGUUUCCUGAUUCGAGUAUUGAUGCUUAUACUUUUGCAAUGCGGACAAGUGCAGCUGGUGUUGUUCUAUGGUGUGAUGUUCAGUUAACCAAAGAUGGCCAAGGCAUUUGCUUCCCUGAUUUAACAAUGAGCAACGGUUCAAAUGUUGAAAGUGUUUACCCAAAACGCCAAAAAAUUUACCCGGUUAAUGGAAUCCCUACUCAGGGUUGGUUCACCAUUGAUUUCACACUGAGAGAUGUCAAGGAAAUUUCUUUGAACCCAGGCAUAUGGACUCGGUCAGACAUGUUUAAUGGAAAUGUUGAGAUUUCGGUGGUUCAAAAGGUAGCCACCAUGCUGAAACCAGAUGGUUUUUGGUUAAAUGUUCAGCAUGACGCUUUCUACGCGCAGCAGAAUCUGAACAUGAGCAGUUUUUUGAUAUCAACUUCAAGAAUUGUUUCCAUUGACUACAUCUCUUCCCCUGAGAUGAAUUUCUUUAGGAAAAUUGCUGGCCAUUUCGGGCAUGCUGGACCAAGUUUCGUGUUCCAGUUUCUUGAGAAAGAAGAAAUCGAGCCGACAACAAACCAAACCUACGGUUCUAUCUUGCGUAACUUAACUUUUGUCAAGAUGUUUGCUUCAGGGAUUCUUGUCCCCAAGUCUUACAUAUUACCACUUGAUGACAAUCAGUACUUGCUUCCUCCUACAUCCUUAGCUCAAGAUGCUCACAAAGCAGGAUUAAAAGUAUAUGUGUUGGGCUUUGCAAAUGAUGUUGAUAUUGCAUAUAACUACAGUUUUGACCCAGUGUCUGAGUAUUUAUCUUUUAUAGACAAUGGUGAUUUCUCUGUUGAUGGUGUGCUCUCUGCUUUUCCCAUUACUGCAUCUGCAUCUGUUGACUGCUUCUCCCACAUUGGCAGUAACGCUACAAAACAAGUGGAUUUUCUUGUUAUAUCAAAAAAUGGUGCGAGUGCGGACUAUCCUGGAUGUACAAACCUGGCGUAUGAGAAGGCAAUCAAAGAUGGUGCCGAUGUUAUCGAUUGCUCAGUGCAAAUGUCCAGCGACGGUAAACCCUUCUGCUCAAGUUCGAUAGACCUCGAAGGCACCACAACGGUCGCCCAAACUCCUCUUAGAGACCGUUCAGUAACUAUCCCUGAGAUUAGCUCUGUUGCUAGAAUAUACACUUUUAGUCUCACAUGGUCUGAGAUUCGGAACUUGACUCCUGAAAUUAUAAGCCCCUACACUGAUUAUCCGUUAAGAAAUCCUAAUGAAAAAAAUUCUGGGAAGCUUAUUUUGCUUUCUGAAUUCCUCAAUUUGGCAAAGGAGUCUACUUCUCUUUCCAGCGUUAUGGUCAGUAUAGAGAAUGCAAUGUACCUGAGAGAGAAGCAAGGGCUCGAUGUAAUUAAAGCGGUUCUGGAUACACUCGCAGAAACUGGUUACCGCAAUGGAACAACCAAUACAAAAGUCAUGAUACAAUCAACCAACAGCUCGAAAUUCGCGGAGGCUGUUGUCAUCCAAAAAUCAUCCGUCUUUCCUGACGCUGAUGGGUUUGUCACUGGGAAAACAAAUGUUGUGGAGAGGCUGCAGAAGUCUGGUCUUACGGUUUAUGUGGAACUAUUUCAGAAUGAGUUUGUAUCUCAACCGUAUGACUUCUUUUCUGAUGCAACCGUUGAGAUAAACUCAUAUAUCACUGGAACCGGUAUCAAUGGAACCAUCACCGAGUUCCCUUUUACAGCUGCAAGAUACAAAAGGAAUCGAUGUUUGGGCAAAAAAGAAACUCCACCUUACAUGACUCCUUUUAAAACCGGUGGUCUCUUAAAAAAUAUAAGCCCUACGUCCUUACCUCCAGCCGAAGCUCCAAGAUUGGUUAUCACAGAUGCUGAUGUCUUUGAGCCACCACUACCUCCAGUUAUACAAAAAUCCCCAAACUCGGCCCUCGGAACCUCAUCAACCUGUGCACAAGAACCUAGCAGACAAACUCAACUCGCUCUCUCUAUGAUCCUCUAUGUUUUUGCCUCUCUUAUGUAA